UCCACCGCGGACGCUGUAGAUCGAAGAUUUUCCGAAAGUGAUUCGCUCAUGUAUAUUGUGUUGUGGUGCCUUUAUGGAUACAGUUUGGAAGAUACUUCUUGGACUUGUUAAAAAAAAAACCGAAAAUGUUUCCUAAUCCGACCAAAACAUUUUUAGAAUCUUCUUGACGUGUUAAAAUUCCGUCUCCGCAAUUUCAUUGGGGGCCGUGGGGGCCAAUAGCCAGUACGUUCGAAUGAAAAACAAUGAAAUAUCCGAACGUAUCUGGUGGCAACAGCAUGGCAGUUAGCAACAAUGGUUCUCAUCACAUGGACGACGUUGACUCGCUAUUUUCUUCAUCGUGUUGGCAAAGUUCGGCAAACUCGCAAAACGACUUUAUCGACACCCAAAAGCUGAUGCUUGACAACUCGCCCAUCAGCAAUAACCUAAUGGGAUCGGACAAGAUCCUCUUGGGAUCACCGAUUAGUUCCGAGCCUGACAAAUCAACCAUGGACGUUUUGGACAAUCUCCUUCUGUCAACGUCAGCGCAUCACCAACCCGUCAACACUAGUCUAGCGGAGCUAAAACCGUUACCGCCUUUCACAGGAUACACAGGACAUCUGAGCAUCAACGGGAUCCAAGGCCACCACUAUCAUGCGAUCUCGCAACGAAUCCCCGAAGAAAACAACAACACGUACAGCAAUUACAACGAACAGAACAGUAUAGUUUCGAGUUCGACGUGUAAUAUCAGUGCCGAUUCGGCCGCGGAACAGACAUCGAACAAACCAAUUUACGGUGUGGACGAGGUGGUUGGUAAUAUAAAGAUCGAGUACGCGGAGUGUUCCGGCGGCAAUCCCGAUUCCGUUUCCGGUUCGAAACUGUUCGACGAUUGCUCCCAGCACAGUGCAGUGAUCAAAACCGAAAUCGCCGAGUACGACAUCUCAUCAAUCGAAGAUAUCGCGGCUAUAAUUGGCUCGGCGAUUGCAGAUACGACCGUUCCUAAUAACAACCAAGUCGAAGGAGACGACGCCGCGUCGCGAGACAGCUGGAUGGACCUGGACGCGUGGAUAGAAGGCGCUUGCGGCGACCAACAGAAAAACCUUAUCAUUACUCCCGAAGGACUAUCGGAAUUCAUAAUACAAAAUUCCCCGCAUAGCAGUUCCGAAUACAAGUCGCAGCCGCAGGUCGAAUUUCCUAAUACAAAACCGACUUCCCAUCAACAGUCCACGACUUCAUCAACGUUGCAAACGCUUCUCACGCACGGCUACAUGCCCCUAUUGCAGAGCAGGCUGCAGAAUGGACCUCCUGUUAAACAGGAAGCUGCCAGUUCCACGAAUUAUGGCGUGGAACUCUCAUCCACUUCUAGUCCGCCAGCAAACGUCGUAUCCACGACCGAUAACCUGAUGUUAACAGUCAACGGACGAUAUCUUCAACAGUAUACCGUGCACGGUAUAAGCCCGGAAGAUCGGAUUCGAAGUCCCGAAAUGCUGGGCGCGAAUUAUCCACACACCACAACCACAACGACGCCGAACGUAUCGAAGAAAUCGAGAAGUCGGUCUCAAAAGAAGCAACAACAGCAGCAGGCGGCCAGUUCGACUGUUUUUCAGACGGAACAAAGUCUCGGAUUGUUGGGGAAAGAGAAGCCCGUGCACCGAUGUAGCAUUUGCAAUCGGGGAUUCCUUAACAAAUCGAAUAUUAAGGUGCACUUGAGGACGCACACUGGCGAGAAGCCGUUCAGGUGUGACACAUGUGCUAAGGCAUUCAGGCAAAAAGCCCAUUUACUUAAGCACCAGCAAAUUCAUAAACGAAUAGGACGGGAUUGAUAUCGCUUUCAUGUGAACAUAUGACCGUUGGUAAGUGAUAUAGAUACAGUAUGUACAUAGCCUAAUGUGCAAAAAAGCAUUGCAUAAAUACGUAUUGGAUCCUAAACGUUCCUUAACUGUACAACAAAAAUACGUAGGCGCUAAAGGAAGGU